CGGAAGGAAUGACUAAAGACAACAGGAAAUCGACUUUCAUUUCACAAACACUGUAGGAAUAGCAGACAUCGCAGAGGAAAACAGACAUUUCCCACUCAGAGAAAACGGUAAGGAAGAGGUUACACCGGAGGGAAAUAGUCUUGUCUGUCAAGUUUUUUUUUUCCUUUGGUGAGGAACGAAAACACGGCGGAGAAAUACAGCAAGUCCGCCGUGAUAACACGAAGAAGAAUGUGAGAAGAAAAGCUCGGCUGUCAAACGGUCGUUUUCGUGGCAACGACGAUGUGCUCCUCGGCAAACAACACUAACAUACAAUCAUCGCCCGACCCGGGGCUCAUCCUGGAGCUGAAGACCCGGCGGCCCCCCUCCCUUGAGGGCCGGGCGGGCUGUGAGACCUGGAGCGUGGACUUCUCCCCUGACGGAGCCUGGUUCGCCUGGUCGAUGGGACAUGGGAUCGUGUGGGUGGUCGCCUGGCCGCUGGACUCAGAGCUUCUCUGUGCUCUUGGCACUCACAGGGACAGUCAGCAGGGUGAAAGUGACAGAGGAGACAAGAGCUUCAGCUGUGGUCACUCAGUGUGGGGACUCGCCUUCGGGCCCAGACCGCCAAAGUCGGCGCUUGCAAAACGUCCAAAUCACAAACCACUGAAAGGGAAGAACCUGCUCCUCGCCACAGGCUUGGAAAACGGGGUGAUCAAAAUCUGGAAUGUGUUUACAGGUGAUGCAAUGUUUGAUCUACAUGGCCAUGAGGGCGUGGUGAGGGACCUCGUCUUCCCUCAGAACGGGAAGCUCACACUUGUGUCGUCCUCUCGUGACAAGACCUUGAGGAUUUGGGACCUGGAUCAGAAAGGUAAAAAGGUGCAGGUGCUGUCCGGCCAUAAAGAUUGGAUCAGCUGCUGUUGCAUAUCGUCAGACUGCAGCAUGAUUGCAUCGGUCGGCAGAUUUGACAGAAUGGUGUGUCUGUGGAGCCUGCGGUCAUAUACAUUCAUCAGGAACCUCACAGGAGGGAGCCAUAAGACCUUCUACCUGCUGGCCUCCUGCGACUUCUCUCCAGACGGGGCGCUGCUCGCCACCGCCGCCUUCAGCGGCUCCAGCUGGUGGAUCGACCUGUGGGACCCUUACACCGCGGAGAAACUGGCCACUCUGGUCGACUACUGCGACAUUUAUGGGCAAAACCAAAUCUCAGCAAUACAAUUCUCACCCGAUGGCUUGCACUUGGCAAUAGUUACUGAGGACAGAGCCCUGCGGAUCUGGGAGCCGGGGAAGAAGGGCAUGGUGAUGCAGACCAAACAGGACCGAGCCUCCAACGGCAUCUGCUGCAACUUCCAUCCACAAGGGGGAGUGGUCGCCACAGGAACCAGAGACGGCCACGUGAGGUUCUGGAGGGUUCCCAGGUCAGUGCCCAGCUUGUGCCACCUGUGCCGGUCCAUCCUGCGCCACUCCGUCUCCACCCACCAGAUGGAGCCGCUGCCCAUCCCCAGGAGGAUCCUGGAGUACCUGACCUACCGAAACAUCCCUGACCGCCUCAAGACCUGCUACUCCUCAGACGAAGAAGAGUGGGGAGGAUAAAUAGGACCAUCUAAUGCAAUAAUAAAUUCACAAGUGAUUAUGUGUUCUCCCACUAUGGAAAUGCUGACUUUUUUGUUUGCAGUUAUGUUUUGAGAGCUUAUGAGCAGAUGCAAUUAUCGCGCACCAGGAUCAUUACUGAGAUCCACCUUACACUCUACUCUCAUAGUCAGAUAAGGACUUAAUUUGUUGCACUACUAUUAUGGUGGCAUCACUCAGCCUUCACAAACUUAUGUUUGACUUAUAUUGUAUAUCACACUUUUAUACUAUUAAUUUAUUGUGUAAAUAUUCAAUAUAUGAACUCUAAUUUCAGUUGUAGAAUUAAUAGUUAUGAUCAUGUUUACUCCUGCUACUUGAACCUUGUUGUAAAUACAAGA